AUGCCAUCGGAAAGCAAACUGGACUUCAGGGAACUCAUACCGGAUGUGAGACAAGCCAUAUGUGCCAAACAUGAGGCCGACCCUCAACUGUACGACGAGGUGGACGUGGAAAGGGUGCGGACCGACGACUGGUCAUCGCUUCGGUAUAUUAAGUGGAAUCGCGGAGAAGUCGACAAAUGUAUCGCACAGUUGGACGCCUGCCUUCAGUGGCGCCGACAGUUUGGCGUUAAUGUCCGCACGGAAGCAGAUUUGCCGCACGAGUUCAUCAAAGCCGGCGCUAUUUUCCCGUACGGACACGACUCGGAGGGCCGGCAGUUGAUAUAUAUGCGCAUAAAAGUGUACAAAAAGGUGCCCCAAUUGGUCGAGUAUUUGCGCCAAUUCCUGGUCGGUGUCAUCAAUCGCGUGGACCAGGAGUCCAGUGCCACCGGCUAUGCCCUGGUGUUUGACUUGACAGGUGUGGGCUUUUCAAACGCCGACAUGGAUUUCCUGCAAUUCCUGAUAAAUGUACUCAAAAGCUACUUCCCAUACGGACUC